GCGGUGCCGGCGGGGCUGUGCCGGGGUGCGAGGGCGCUCUGGGGCGGCGCUGCCGUUGCCCGGAGACGCUCGCAAGCCCCGCCGGGGAGGGGAGGGGGCUGCGCGGCGGCGGCGGCAGUCGGUGCGGCGGGGCGCGCCCGGCACGCAGCGCUCCGCUCCCGCAGGAAGCGGCCCGCGGCGGGGGCGGCCGCUCGCAGCCAUGCCGGGCCCGGGGCGCUGAGCCGGCCCCGCCGCCGCCCCGCACCAUGGAGGAGGAGAGCAUUAAGCAGAGUUCCCGUUCCUCUGAGGCAGCUGAAGAUGAAAAGGACCAGCGUACAGUGACAGUCAACCCCUCUCACAUGAGAAGGGCUUUCAAGGUCAUGAAUGAAUUACGAAGCAAGCGGCUCCUGUGUGAUGUGGUGAUUGUGGCCGAGACCGUGGAGAUGGAAGCUCACCGGGUGGUGCUGGCAGCCUGCAGCCCUUAUUUUUGUGCCAUGUUUACAGGAGACAUGUCUGAAAGCAAGGCCAAGAAGAUUGAGAUAAAAGACGUUGAUGGGCAGACCCUGAGGAAGCUGAUUGAUUACAUCUACACCGCUGAGAUCGAGGUCACGGAGGAGAACGUGCAGGUUUUGUUGCCAGCUGCUAGUUUAUUGCAACUGAUGGAUGUUAGGAAAAACUGCUGUGACUUCCUGCAGUCCCAGCUGCAUCCCACCAACUGCCUUGGCAUCCGCGCCUUCGCCGACGUGCACGCCUGCAGCGAGCUGCUGCAGCAGGCCAACGCCUACGCAGAGCAGCACUUCCCUGAGGUGAUGCUAGGAGAAGAAUUCCUUAGCCUUAGUCUGGACCAGGUUUGCAGUUUAAUAUCAAGUGACAAGCUCACAGUCUCCUCUGAAGAAAAGGUCUUUGAAGCAGUUAUCUCUUGGAUAAAUUACGAGAAGGAAUCUCGCUUAGAGCACAUGGCUAAGCUGAUGGAGCAUGUUCGCCUGCCCCUUUUGCCCAGAGAUUACCUGGUACAGACAGUGGAAGAGGAGGCUUUAAUCAAGAAUAACAACACCUGUAAAGACUUUCUUAUCGAAGCCAUGAAAUAUCAUUUGCUUCCUCUGGAUCAAAGACAACUAAUAAAGAAUCCCAGGACAAAGCCAAGGACUCCCGUUAGCUUGCCAAAGGUGAUGAUUGUGGUGGGUGGGCAGGCGCCCAAAGCCAUUCGCAGUGUGGAGUGCUAUGACUUUGAGGAGGAGCGGUGGGAUCAGGUUGCUGAGCUUCCCUCACGGAGAUGCAGAGCAGGCGUGGUGUUCAUGGCUGGCAAUGUCUAUGCCGUGGGGGGUUUCAAUGGCUCUCUGCGGGUGCGCACGGUGGACGUGUACGACGGCGCUAAGGACCAGUGGACGUCCAUCGCCAGCAUGCAGGAGCGGCGCAGCACGCUGGGCGCCGCCGUGCUCAACGACCUGCUCUACGCCGUGGGCGGCUUCGACGGCAGCACGGGUCUGGCAUCAGUUGAGGCCUAUAGCUAUAAAACCAAUGAGUGGUUUUUUGUGGCUCCCAUGAACACAAGAAGAAGCAGUGUUGGAGUUGGAGUUGUGGAGGGGAAGCUGUACGCCGUGGGGGGCUACGACGGCGCCUCGCGGCAGUGCCUGAGCACGGUGGAGCAGUACAACCCCGCCACCAACGAGUGGACAUACGUGGCUGACAUGAGCACGCGGCGCAGCGGGGCAGGGGUCGGCGUGCUCAGCGGGCUGCUCUACGCCACCGGCGGCCACGACGGGCCCCUGGUGAGGAAGAGUGUGGAAGUCUACGACCCAGGGACAAACACCUGGAAGCAAGUAGCAGACAUGAACAUGUGUAGAAGAAAUGCAGGUGUGUGUGCGGUGAAUGGUCUCCUCUACGUGGUGGGAGGCGAUGAUGGCUCCUGCAAUUUGGCCUCGGUGGAGUACUACAACCCCAGCACAGACAAGUGGACCUUGUUGCCAACCAGCAUGAGCACAGGGAGGAGUUAUGCAGGUGUGGCUGUGAUUCACAAACCCUUGUGACACACGAUCAAGCCAAUGUGAGGAGCAGAAGUGAAGUGGAUCCAGCCAGGUGGCGUUGGGAAGAUGACUGACCUCUGACUUGACCCAUCUCAUUGCUGUUAAUGUCUUAGCAUGACAAGUGAUACGUUGCAAGCAUCAUCCACUCUGCAGUGGAUUGCAUAGCCAAGUGAAAAUCCCUCUGGGGACGUGUUCCAUGCUAGACACGAGGUGUUGCUUGUUCUCUGUGGUGCAAUCAACUGUUCUUCUCGAUGGCAUGUGUCCUGAGAUAAACACUGUGCUUGGACUGCAGGCACGGGAUUUCUGGUGUGAAACAAAACUGCUGUGUUUGGGCAUGUGAGUAAAAAUGAACGUUUCUGGAUUUCUUCCCUACUGAUGCUCCGUGCACAUCGUUGGUCGAACUACUUACUCACUGUGCCUGGAGGGUGGACUUUAAUAUUGGCAGUGGAAACUUCUGAGUUCCAGCAGAGAAAAACAGCAGAAAUGGACUGGAACAGGGUGGUCUGGCUCGAGUGUGACGCUGUCUCAGUCAUGCGUUUGUACAUGCCACUGGACUGCUGUAUGUACCCCUGAAAUGCUUGUGGAAAUAAACACCAUGUGGUUUUUCUA